GUUAUUUCUCGAUGAAGCGUCUUUCAAUCGUCUAGAGUUCCAAUGCGCCAGCAAGUUAAAAGGUUGAGGUCUAAAGGCCAGCGGUUUAUUUGCUCUAUAUAAGCGACAUGGCUUCGAUGCUGGAGUUCCGCACACCCGGCUGGAACCCUUAUGCCGUAAAAUAUUCGCCUUAUUACGACUCGCGCAUAGCUGUCGCAUCCGCCGCAAAUUAUGGCAUUGUAGGAAACGGUCGUGUAUUUUGCUUAGGCUUGGGGCCGCAAGGUGUCCAGGUCGAGAAGACCUUCGAUACGAACGAUGCCCAGUAUGACCUUGCCUGGUCCGAGAUCAAUGAGAACCAGCUGCUGGUCGCGUGUGGUGAUGGCUCUAUUAAACUCUAUGAUAUGAACGUCAACGAGUUUCCUGUGGCCAACUUCCACGAGCAUAAGCGAGAAACAUUCUCGGUGUCGUGGAGUCCUGUCACCAAGGACACUUUUGCUUCCAGCUCGUGGGAUGGAACAGUCAAGAUCUGGUCGCCGGCGAGAAAAGAGUCCAUCAAAACCUUACCAGUCGGAAAUUGUACCUAUAGUACAUCAUAUUGCCCUUCCAAUCCAAACAUCAUCUCUGCCGUAUCAUCCGAUUCACACUUGCGGAUAUUCGACCUUCGGACGCCGGUCACCGCUCAGUAUCAUCUAACCUCUAAAAUUCCGGUUCAUAUCCCGGCUCCUGUUCCGCUCCCGCAAGGCCCCACCCCGCCUGCCGUACCAGGGGAGAUCCUCACACAUGACUGGAAUAAGUACAACCAUACAGUGAUCGCGACAGGCGGCGUAGACAGGGUAAUACGGAUAUUUGACAUUAGGAAUCCUUCGACGGGGCCAGCAUCCGUGAUGAUGGGCCACGAUUACGCCGUCCGGAGGUUAGCGUGGAGUCCACACGCCAGCGACAUCUUGAUUAGCGGAAGCUAUGACAUGACGGUACGUCUAUGGACAGACGGGUCGACGAUGCCGGCACAACAAGAGUCCCCGGUAAAGGCCGGGAUCCAACUCGGCAUCAUGAAUAGGCAUACCGAAUUUGUGACGGGCGUCGAUUGGUGCUUGUUUGGUGUUGGCGGUUGGGUUGCAAGUGUAGGGUGGGAUGAGAGGUUGUUAUUAUGGGAUGCGAAUAGAAUUUUGCGAGGACAAGCAUAACGAUUAUAUCAACACCUGCCCUCGUGCGGAAUCAAGAGAGAAAAUACGACUCGUUGGUGAUAGACGACAAACUUGUGGGCUUACAACGGGGAAUUUGCAUUGGGAGGCGUUUGAUAAAGCAGUUAAGGGUUUACAAUACUGUUGAUACCAUCAUAUUUGAAAUGGCAUAUAUAUUGGUCUUCUGCCUACGAAAUGAUAUGAAUCGGAAAUUUGAAUCAACUUAUAUGAAUGAUUACCUUAUAAGCAUGGGUUAGCGAUAGUGAGCCAACGAAGUGGAAUAUCCUGUCUUCUAACUAACCCGACGCCUAAUUUACAUGUGUUUUUUUUAUGAUAA